CAUUUGGGCGGGUUUGGGCUACACGCGGCGGGUGAAUCGUCGGCAGCCGCCAACAUGGAGCCGCGGGACCGGGAGCCGCUGCUGAGGGGCCUCCGCGCCGAGGAGACGGACAGUGAAGGUGAAGUGAUUUUUGAGCAGACGAAGGUGAGCAAGACUGAUCUGCGACGCCAUGUUUUUACCUACGAGGAGGCAGUGGAGGAAGCGGGCUUUGGCUGCUACCACCUGAUGCUCCUGCUUGUCUGUGGCUGGGCCAAUGCCAGUGAUGCUGUUGAGAUUCUGUGCGUGUCCUUCCUGCUCCCCACAGCCCGGUGUGAUCUCCACCUCAAUACCACUGACAUGGGCUGGCUGACAGCCAGCAUCUUCCUAGGGAUGAUGAUCGGAGGCUACAUGUGGGGAGCACUGGCAGACCUGAAAGGCCGUCGCUCUGUUCUCCUCUUCUCGCUGACGAUCAAUGGUGUAUUCGGAGCCCUGUCCAGCUUGGCCUCACACUUCUGGCUCUUCCUGCUUCUGCGAUUUUUGAGUGGAAUCGGUGUCGGGGGUUCCAUUCCCGUCAUAUUCUCCUAUUUCACGGAAUUCCAGCCAAGGAAUAAGAGAGGGACCAUGAUCAGCGCUCUGGCAACAUUCUGGAUGGCAGGGAAUAUUUUAACAGCAGGUCUAGCCUGGUUGGUUAUCCCUAGCACCUCACUGUCUUUCCAGCUGAGUUGGCUGCAGUUUCGGAGCUGGCGGCUGUUUGUGAUGCUGUGCUCGAUCCCCAGCCUGUCAUCGGCAUUUAUCUAUGCUGUGGGGAUGCCAGAAAGCCCCAGGUAUCUGAUGGAAGCUGGCCGUGGGGAUGAAGCUAUCCGGGUUUUCCGGCGCAUGUUUUACUGGAACCAACAAGGGAGAAACCGCACCUUUUCAGUUGCCCGGUUAAAGACCCCACCCACAGAGGACAGUAAAACCUACUUUGGGAAUACUGCUGGUCAACGACUCCAACAUCAGCUGCUGAAGGGAUUGGAUCCAAUCAGGAAAAUCUUCUCCUCUCCGCUGCGAUCCAGAACGAUUCCUCUCGCACUCAUCUUCUUCAGUAUCUCGUUCGGGUAUUAUGGUCUAUGGAUGUGGUUCCCAGAGCUGUUCAGACGGAUAGAGAUGGGAGGAGGGUCUCCCUGCAUCACUAACAUGAGCCAGUCGAGCAGUGGAAACGUGAACAUUAGCUGUUACCCCGUGAACACUGCAGUGUAUAAAGAGGGUUUCAUCACAGCUGCUGCCAAUCUCCCUGGUAACAUCCUUACCAUCUUAGUCAUGGAUCUGGUGGGAGGAAAAUUACUGCUUUGUGGCAGUCUCAUUCUCUCAGGAAUCACUGUGUUCUUUAUCUGGGAAGUGAAGACCAAAACCCAGAGCUUGAUCAUGUCUUGUCUCUUCAGUGCCAUCUCCGUUAUUGCCUGGAACUCUCUUGAUGUCCUAGGACCAGAACUCUACCCCACUCAACUCCGCUCAUCGGCUCUGGGAGUGUUCACAGGCAUUGGCCGCAUUGCCUCCAUCUUGGGAAAUGUUGUGUUUGGUCAGUUAGUGGAUCUGAGCUGUGCUGUGCCCAUCCUUUUGAUGGCAGCUAUGCUUUUUGCAGGUGGUCUGAUUGCUCUUAAACUGCCAAACACCAAGAACAUAGAAUUAAGCUGAGGGCUCAGGUAUUGUUCUUGAAGGGAGGAAGGCUGGACCGAAACUGUCCCAGUGCUCUCUCUCUCUCUCUCUCGUGCAUUCAGUUCUCUGAAAUUCUGAGAAAAGCAAUAUUCAUGUGGGAUGUUUAGAAUGAAAUUGGGUUCUUCGUCUAAUGUCUAUUCAGAAAUGAAAAGGAUAACUGUGUAGCGACUACUGUGAAGAAAAUGUAAUCAGAAAUGGCAAUACGCUUCCAAUAGGAAGCAAUAACCAUGGAACCUUGUUUUGUGGUGCGUCAACUGUUUAAAAAAAAAACCUCUUGCACAUACAUUUAAGAAUUCUCUCUGACACAUUUUCUUAUGGAAGUAAACAAAUGAUAUUGGACCCCAAAAAGCUUAAAAGCUUUAUUAGAUGGAUCAAUUCUUGGAUCUAUUAAAACUAGUCCAUCACUUGACCUUUAGCUCUCACAGAUGAGGAUGCUCCAAACUUGGAACAAAAAUGUCACUGUUCCCAUUGGUUACACGGUGGAGAUAUUUUCACCUUUGUUCUAUGCAUAUUUUUAUUAUUUUCCAUAACAACUAACCCAGAAUGUAAUCCAAUACAUUUGCCAUGGCCAACCUUGCCAAAACAGUUACCAAAUUAUUUCACUGAACCUCUGCAUUAUGGAAGGGACUUACAAUUAGCAAUCUGGUGAGAUGCUGUAGGUUAAGGUUACGCAUGCCUUGCUCUCUCAGCUAUUCGAAUUAUAGCAUUUUCUUUGAAGUAAGAAUUGGGACAUGAGAAUCCAACUAUGAUAUCCAAUAUGUAUCCAAAUAUGUAAAUUAGGAGCAGCGCGGUGGAGUUUUAGUGCCUUUUUUUUCUAAUCAAGGGGACUGUUACAAUUUUUUUUACACUCUGAUUACUGCAAUAGAGCACUUUAAUAAAGUGCAUGUCAUUUAUAUAGCUGUAGAUAACAAAUCCAGGAACUAGGAUUUAUUGCAACAAUUUGCACUUAUCUUACCUUUUGUGGCACCUUUUGUGAAACAAAGCCACUCAUUUAUUAGUGUUGAACAAGAAAUUCUUUCCCUCCCACAUGGGCUUGGGACGCUUUUCCCGAUAGCGUCAGAACGUUUGCGGGGACAGUAAUAGCUGUCAGGGCUGCUGACCCCCUUUCUACAAGUGGGAGUGAAAGCAGGAACCAAUCAGUAAAAUGGUGUUGGGCCUAUUCUAGUUCAGGAGAUUAGUCAUAAAAACAGAAGUCACUGGAAACACUCAGCAGAUUUUUCAUAGAAUGUUA